AUGGCUGCUACAAGCAAGACGACAGCGGAACGAUUCUCCGCCGCGGCUCACGCAAGGGAUGGCAAACAUCACAUUCUUCUCGCCGCCAGCGGCUCAGUUGCGACCAUUAAAAUCCCUCAGCUAGCUGAAUCUCUCGCCCGUCAUUCCAACGUAUCUAUCCGCAUCGUCCUGACCCGUUCCGCCGAGCAAUUCCUCCAGGGCCAGUCCGCCGAACAGCCCGCCCUUCAAUCUCUCCUUGACAUCCCCAACGUCGAUGGCAUAUAUCACGACGAGGAUGAGUGGUCGAAGCCCUGGGUCCGCAGUGAUAAGAUCCUCCACAUCGAGCUGAGACGGUGGGCGCAUGUCCUCCUGGUGGCUCCGUUGUCGGCAAACUCCCUGGCCAAGAUGACCAAUGGCAUGAGUGACAAUCUCCUGCUCAGCGUGAUACGAGCGUGGGACACCACCGGCCUAAUAGAUAUGCGGAAGAGGAGGAUCUUUGUCGCACCGGCGAUGAAUACGGCUAUGUGGAGACACCCGAUCACGAAAAAGCAGAUCAAAGUCCUGGAGGAGGACUGGGGCAAUGGCGAAGACGGCUGGGUCACGGUGUUGAGACCGAUGGAAAAGGAACUGGCGUGUGGAGAUGUCGGGGAUGGAGCGAUGAUGAAUUGGGCACAGAUUGUUGAAUACAUUGAGGCACACUUGGAGAUUGGUGGGGGCUCCAAGAGUAAAGUGAAUGGAGAUUGA